AUGUCCCACUCAGGCGCGGCAGUCUUCAAAAAAGUUUCUGGUAUCUUGACGAUCAAUGAGGAUGCGUCACCUGCAGAGCUCUUAUGGCGUUCCACUGAUGGAGAUAAGGCACACAAAGUGGUGCUUAAUACUAUCGAUAAACUGCAAGCGACACCUGCCUCUAGCGAGAAGAUGAUGCUGCGGCUCAUAGGCAAAAUAGACGAGUCGAAAAAACGGAAAGAUAGCGAAGGAAACGAAAUUAAACCCAGCGCGCCCAGCCAUGUGUUCUCUUUCAAUAACCGAACAGUGAUGGACAACAUCAAGGACACGCUUCAGCUUAUUAUCGCGCGCUACAAAGAUGAAGAGGUGUUCGAAGAGAAGAAAAGGAAAGAAUCCAGCAUGGCGCCGGCAUCUUCUGAUUCACAACCAUUGAUCAAUACUUCUAGUCUGGACGACUCUUUGUCCCGCGAAAAACUGCUGACGAACCUCAAACUGCAGCAAUCACUGCUGAGAGAGAAUAAAACUCUGAUGAGGACGUUCCAGGAGGCAGUUAUCAAUGCUGGCCUCCCACCAGACGAGUUUUGGUCCACAAGAGUUCCCUUACUUCGUGCUUUUGCCCUCACAACAUCUCAAAGGACAGGUCCCUAUAAUGUGCUUUCCACGAUCAAACCAGUGGCCUCUUCUGAUAACAAAGUGAAUGUGAGCGUCUCACGCGAGAAAAUCCUGACAAUCUUUCAGACAUACCCCAUUGUUAAAAAGGCUUACGACGACAGCGUUCCCAAAAAUUUCAAAGAGCAGGAGUUCUGGGCGAGGUUUUUCUCUUCAAAACUUUUCCGAAAGCUUCGCGGGGAAAGGAUAAUGCAAAGUAAUCGUGGUGACUUGAUUAUCGAUCGUUAUUUAACGCUAGAUCAAGAAUUUGAUAGGAAAGAUGACAUAUUACUCCAGCACCCUGUCAAAAAGCUUUUGGAUCUGGAAGGUAAUGACCAGGACGAUCCAGAACGCCGAGGCAACAACCCUGACUUUACAAUGAUGCCUGGAGUUGAUCCCAAUGGUAAUAGUGACGGUGUCGUUGACAUCCUGAAAGGUAUGAAUCGUCUGAGCCAAAAGAUGAUUAAAUCCCUGGAAAACGAGUAUUCAAGAGUAAACCUUCUCGCCGAAGAUGUGGACAAAGAAGAGAGAGAAGAACUUAUGUUCAGCGAUCUUGAAGAAGCUGAAGAAGCGACCUACUUGGAGAUAAAAGUCAAGCAAAGAAAGGCAGUGGACAAGGACUCGCUUCCGAGUGUAAAUGGAACGGCAGGGUCCGCAGUGGGUAGAAAUGAGAUACAGCACCAAGUUGAGACUGUUUUAGAUAGACUGACAAAAUCCAUCGACCUGACAGAAGUCAGUAAGGAUGGUAAAAAUAUCAACAAUGAGGUGAAUCAAAACGUAAUACGAGCGGUUAAGAUAAAUUCCAAACAAGCGAAAAAUACCAAUAUGAGCGCAGUGCUGGGCGCUACGACAGGCCUAACUUCUGUGGGUGAUGCACCCGAAGUUAAAUCACAGCUGCCGCCGGAUUUGCUGGAGAGCUGUCGAGUGCUUCAUAGUACGUGCUGCGAGUUUUUGAAGCAUUUUUACAUACACUUUCAAAGUGGUGAGCCGCGACAAGCUGCGGCUGUGAAGAAGCUUUACAAUUACUUGAAGCAAUGUUUGGACAAAAUUACAUUACUUUUAAGCCAGGUGGAGAAAGACGAAAAUGCGGAGCGGGACGGUUUAGUAGGACAUUGCAAAGCCUAUUUGAAAUCUGUUUUGGAUGCUUUGAAUCUGGCAAUAGGGAAGUACGAAGGUGCAGUUGCUGAUGCGGAAAAUGCAAAGUCCAGAAAAGUUGCAUAG